AUGGUUUCAGCUUUGACAGGAACUCUAUUAAAAUGUGAUCCUCCUACAAUGGAAAUAGUUAAACAAAUAAAUGAAAGUAAACACUUUAUUAUUGAGCAAAUUGAUGAGGGAGUAGCACUUUGUAAAGACUCCGUAACACAAUUUCUCAAGGAAGAAGUUACUAGAAGACUUGAAAUCGCAGAAUGUUAUAUUCCACCAAAUGAACAACAAAAAUAA